UUCAUUAAUCCGAAUCCAGUCAACACAAGUCAAUUUACUUGGGAGUACUCGGGGAAACUUGAAUAUAGUUUUAAUCGUUUUCUUGUUCAAUUCAGACUAGAUUUCAAGACUUCAGGAUGGCGGGCAGCUCCAGGGCUAUGGACCAGAGCACCAACUGGUACUCCAGCUUCUACAACUCCAUCAAGCAGACGCCCAUCAAUUUUGCCCUGGUGAUUGUAUCGACCAUCGUGUUCUUCAAGGUCGCCCGACUUACCCGGCGUCGUUGUCAAAAUCGUGGAAAGAAACAGAAAGUGGAUGUGGGGCUUCCACCUCUACGAAAGGAUUUUACGGUUUACGAACUUAGCGAAUACGACGGAUUCCGGGAAGAUGGCCGCAUCCUAGUGGCCAUCAACUUCAAUGUCUACGAUGUAUCGCGUGCCGUACACUACUACGGACCAGAAGGCGUUUAUCCAACCUAUGCCGGGCGGGACAUAUCUCGGAACUUGAUACAUUUUUCGGUAGACUUGAAUAAUAGCAUGAAAUUCGAUGAUCUAAGCGACCUUUCGAUCAGCCAAAUGAACACCUUGAGGGAGUGGGACCAGCAGUACAAGGAGAAGUACCCACUUGUUGGAAAACUUCUGCGCCCAGGAGAGCAACCAUCAAACUAUACCGAUGAGGAGGAUUUCGAGUCGGAGCCAGAGGUUCAGCAAAUGGAAUGAAGAGGAUGACCGUUUCAGUUGUGUAAUAUUAUUUGCUAACAAAUAAAGCUCAACGGAACCCCUA